CAAAUGUUUAACAUGCACAGAGACCUCUUGUUUUAUACAUGUUUUCUGCUAAAUAUCUGCGUAAUCCUUGGCUGAAUGCUACGUCCACGUUCACAAAGAAAGUGCAUCUUUCUUGGAUCUUGUGCCAUUUUUGUGCCACAGCUGAGAAAUCUGCUAAACACCUGAGCAAGAAACGCAAAGAAACUCCUAAUGCACAGCUUAAAAGAGUAAGAGCCCCAUGUGGGCCAGUGUUGGAGCAAUUUGACCAGCAGUACAGUCGAGAACUUGGAAAUCUGUGGCCAUCAGCAAGGGAAGUCCUUUUGAACCCUCACUCCUGGCAAUAUGGUGUCAUGCUCAACAGAUUCACAGCUGUGUCAAAUGUCACUCAGACUCUAAAAUCUCUGGGAUUUUUCAGUGUCCUGCUACAGACAGAGGCCUCAUCGUUGCUGUGUGACAAACCUACGGAGUUUUGUUUGAAACAGCCUGGGGAAAAUGGCUCAAUGUUGUCGGCUGAGUGCCUCUCUGAUGACUCUAAUCUUCAGUCUGACUGCGAAUCUCAGUCUCUGCAAUCAGAGCCAUCACAAAGUCCUUUACUACAAUGUUACAUCCAUCCGCAUCCUCUGAGAUUUCCCUCACAAGCCCACAGACCCGGCUGUUUAAAGCAGUAUUACCUUCUGAACGCUGCCUCUCUUCUCCCAGUACUGGCACUGCAAGUAAAAGAUGGGGAGAGAAUUUUGGAUUUGUGUUCAGCACCUGGCGGCAAAGCUAUAGCCAUAAUGCAGAGCUGCAACCCAGCUCUUCUCUGCUGUAACGAACCUGAUCCACACAGAUGGGAGUGGCUGACCAAAACCCUGGAGUCUUUUCUCCCUCCCUCACUAAACGGUUGUAUAACUGUGUCUGCACGAGAUGGGCGUUAUUUUGGCCAAAGUGAACCGUCCAAAUAUGACAAGAUUUUAGUUGAUGCGCCGUGCUCCAAUGACAGGAGUUGGUUGUAUUCCCCCGGUGGCCUGGAGGGGGAACAGAGAUUAAGAGAAAGGGCGACGCUACCGGCAAUUCAAACGCAACUUCUGAAGUCUGCGCUGUCGGCUGUGCGUCCAGGGGGCACUGUGGUCUAUUCAACCUGCACGCUGUCCCGCUCGGAGAACUGCGCGGUGGUGGAGGCAGUGCUUAAGAGCUGUCCUGAAGCUGAACUCCAAGACCUGUGGGAGGAGCUUGCCGUUCCUUUUUCUGAACACUUUUUCUUUAGACACGGCCGGGCAUCUCCUCUUCAGUGUGGCAGAACGCACCCCCCUGACUCCAGACUAGGGAUUUUAGUGAUGCCACAUCCUGGUAAGACCUGGGGACCGAUGUUUCUGUCUCGCAUUCGAAGAAAGAUGUGAUAUUUAUGUCAACUUGUCCUUAUUAUGUUUGGAUAUAUUUAUAAAAAAUCCUCCUUCAUGGUUCAAAUUCACUCUCAACUCUAUAUUUUUAUAUACAGUAUACUUUUUUCACAUGAAUCUUUCACUGUAGCGCUUCUAGGUUUGUUUUUUUCUAUAAAACUGAAGUAUUUUUAUUUCAAAACACCUCCUGAAAAGUGUACCACAUUUUACGGUGAGCAGCACAACAGAAACAGCUGCUCAGAAUGUCUUUUUCCAGACGUUUGCAGAGAUUCGCUGCUCCUGCUGUUAUUUUUGCCUCAAAAUGCAGCUUGACUUUCCCUUUUCAAUAUCAUGUUUAUUAACACCCUCAACAAUGUUUUUCUAUAAUUAUGUGCUAUUCAUCUUAUUCAGAAAGUUGCCACGGGCGGCGUCAUUAUCUGUGCCUUUUUCGAUUGUGUGAUUUGGCGUAGGGCUGACGAUCUCAACAGCAACUUUUAUACAAACUACAAAGCUGUUUUCAAGCCACCCAGAGAAAAGCUGCAUUGUUGACUUGAAAAUCUACAUUGUAUCGUAUUUUAGCAGCAGGACUUUUCUCCGUUUCUCUGUUUAAGUGAGCGGAAUUUCAGCUAAAGCGGAAAUGCCAAGACAAACGGAAGUGUCAUUAGUGAUUAGAUGUAAAAGUACGACAGAUAAAUGUGUCUUUGAGUCUUUCUGGAGACUGUUGAGUUGUAAUCAAAGCCCAUUAACCGCACAAGUGACAACACAACAACAACACGACAACAACACAACAACAACAACACAAGUGAUGAUUGAAGGUCAGAGCAAAGUGACCAGCAGGACAGAGGUACUGACCUUUAUCAGUAACUACAUUUACUACAUUACAGUUAAUAUAAAGUGUGUGAAACUCAUACUGAAAUAGAAGAUUUACCAAACACAUGACAAAAAUGUUCAUUGUUAUAAGAUUUAACACAUUACAUUAUUGUAAUUUUCCUUAUUAUAUUCUUUUACAAAUAAUUGAUGAAGAUUUCUCUCCAGCCAUUUAUAUCGAGUCACACAUUUGUUUUAGACCCGAAAUACAAAGUUCCCAUAGUUUCCACAUUAUAAUAAAAUGUAAUGAUGUUAUAUAUUCAAUAACGAGUCAGUUGGUAAUACGAUCUUACACUCUGCCCUAUUAAAGUAGAAGUGCCAGACUAUUACAGUGAGUGAGGCCUGUCGCUCUGACAGAUGACUUUUAUAAUCAUUUUUUGCGAAAGUGUCUCCACAUUCCCUCAGUCACAGUUCCUCUAGGAGCCAAUAUCUCCUCUUAAUUUAAUAUUACUGUGUGCUUGAAGUAAUCCUCCUGCUGCCAUCGUGCCCAGAUGAGCUGUUCUGUCUGAGCACAUCUACUACAAGUGGAUAUCACGUAGUCUGUGAAAGUUGUUGACGAUAGUUUAAUUGUGAUAACACAGGCUUUUGGGAACGCCAAGUUGACACAAUUAAGAUGUUCUAAAGUGUCUGGAGGAGGUUUUGAUGAACUGAGAUGUAUAAUGUAUUAUCCACAAUAAAUAUGAAUGGGACAAGAUGUCGUCAGGAUAAAACUACCUCAGGAUCGUGCACACGUGUGUUUACAUUUGGGGGCUGAGUCCUUGAGGAGGUGACAUUGGAAAAAGCAGCGCUACAAUGACAGCACAAAUAUAAACAUGAUUAACUGUAUAAUGUAUUUAUAAUAAAUUCUGUCAGAAUCAUAUUUUGUUAUCGUGGACAUGUGUCUGCUCGUCC